CACCACCUCCACCUUGUUCCAUCGGAAAUGCUGAAUCGUCGAUGUUCUUCUUCAUUUUGACACAUUUGGACUAGCUAUGCCCGCAUAUAGACCCUUGACCUCUCAGUCCGCUGCUGGACCCAGCGUGGCUCGGGAUCGACAAGCUGAUGCCCUGGCUGAAUUUCGAGCGCGGAGAUUACAACGGAAAUUGGAGGACCUAGAGCGAACCAAUCCAACUGAUAUUCCCGCUUCUUCGUUUGCCGUCAAUCCGCCUCCCUCGUCCGCGUCGACCCUAACUACGUCUCUGAAUCCAGCAGUGCAAUCCAAGAAGAAACAAUCUGGAAAUGUGAGAAAAAUCCUGUACGCACGAAAGAGUCUCAAAGACUGGCUGGAAGAAUUGCCACCGGAACCUAAGCCACCUUACUUGCUUGCUGUGGCUCCUCCUCCUUCUAUGCCACCACGAGGAUCAUGCUCUUCCUGUGGCUACGUAGGGGCGUACAAGUGUCCUCGAUGCGGAGAGUGGAGUUGCGACAGGAAUUGUAUGGGCAUACAUGAGCGAGAUGGAGGGUGUGGAGUGGGGUGGUAGCGUCGUCGGGGGAAGACCUUGGUUUGCGUCCUCGUCGAUCCUUUUCCAUCCAAUCACACGCUUUUGGCUCUCGACCCGUGGAAGCGGUGGAACGGUCGAUUGAUCGAUCGACCAUCUGGAGAAUCCCACAGUGCAUCUACUUCCUAGUCUCCUCCCAACAUCCAGGCCACAGUGCAAAGCUUGGCGGGGGCCUCGCGGCAAGUUAUCAUAGGCGAAAGAGAUGCAUUCAGCUUGUGG